AUGGCAUGGAGCCAUUUGAUAUUCGACACACUUUUGUGUUUCCUCCUUUCCAGAUUUUUCCUGGUCAUAUACAGGUCCUUCCGCCGUUCAGAGCGCCCUAUGCGGAGGGACACGGAAACAUGUAGCUUAGCCAUUUUCCUAGGUUCAGGUGGUCAUACCGCUGAAGCUUCAAUACUACUCUCGGCGUUAGAUUUUUCCCGCUACAGUCCUCGGACUUACAUAGUCAGCGAGGGUGAUGAACUCAGCAGCCAAAAGGCUGUAGCCUUGGAACACCUCGAGAGUGCGAAGAACACGCCUUUUGACGGUCGGUUCAAUUACAGGCUCAUGAGAAUACCUCGUGCUCGCUAUGUUCACCAGCCUUUACUGUCUGCACCUUUCACAACGUUCAAGUGCUUCUUGGCUUGCGUACGUCUAGUUACGGUAGUUCCACUUUUCCAGAAGACCGCCCCUGGAAAACCGUUUGUGGAUCUUCUGAUCAUGAAUGGUCCCGGAACGUGCGUUCCGCUUUGUGCAGCCAUAAUGCUCAACCGACUGGUUGGAUUGCCGACUCCCAGAAUGGUGUUUGUUGAAUCCUUUGCCCGUGUCCAAACCAUUUCGCUUUCGGGAAGUAUACUGUGCCGCAUAGUCGAUCGGUUUAUUGUACAGUGGCCGGAGCAGAUUGCGUUGACUGGUGGUCGCGGUGAAUGCUACGGAUGGCUUGUUUAG